CGAGUUUUUGUUUUCGGUCGACUAGAGAUCUGUAAAUACUGUAUGAUUAUUAUGAAUAUACUGUGUUAUCGUAUGAAGUACUGUUUUUCUUACUUAGUACAAUAAUAGUACGUUGUUGGAAAAGUAGCAAAAGUUUGAGAAACCUUUUGUUUGUUCACCUUUAUGGCUGAUUUGAAGACUGCUCCAGCAGCGUUGAAAGCUAUACAACCGUAUUUAAAAAUUGCAAAAGAGCACGAUGCACGAGAUCCUGCUAUAGCUUAUUGGAGUCGAUAUUAUGCUGUCCAGUAUGGAUUAAAGAUUAAUGACAAAACACCAGAGAGCACAGGUUUCUUGAUAUCUAUCAUGGAUUGGUUGGAAAAUGUGAAGAAAACCAAGUCAGAUGAUGAAACUAUUUCUAAUGAUGUUGUGGCUCAAGCACAUGUGGAAAAUUAUGCCUUAAAGCUUUUUCUUUGGGCUGAUGGAGAAGAUAGAGCUGGAAAAUUUGGCAAGAAUGUUGUGAAAGCAUUUUAUACUGCUGGAUUUUUGUAUGAUGUUGUGAAUACAUUCGGAGAGCCGAGCGAGGAGGUACUACACCACCGAAAGUAUGCAAAAUGGAAAUCAACCUACAUUCACAAUUGCCUGAAAAAUGGCGUUACGCCCACUCCUGGUCCUGUUGGCAUGGAAUUCGAAGAGGAUGCUGAUGAAAACCUUGAAUCUCAGGAAAUGAAUAUGGGAAGUCAUAAAGAACAAGUGCAUCCUCAAGAACCUCAGGCCCCCUAUCCGGUUGAUUUAACAUUGCGGGUUUUGGUCCCCAAGUCCCAAAUGGCUACCUACCUCAGCAGCCAGUCUCUUCGCAAUCCUGCAGUUUUGAACAACCCUCUUCGACUACCGAGCCUUCUUCCGCAAAGUGAUCUGGCAUUAACCAUGAAAGACUUCCACAAAGUACAGAAACUAUGUAAGACUGCAGAAAGCGCUCUCCGCUAUGAAGAUGUGCCAUCAGCCAUUCAGUAUCUGAAGAAAGCAUUGAAUCUCUUGACGACGGGAAAAGAAGAAUAGAGUGCAAUCCAUUCUACCAAAGAACAGUCCACAUGUGUAAAACUGAAGAAUAGUCAGUGCAGCGUGCAACUGCAUACGCACAUUUUUGCUUCAUUGCAAUUGUAUAUUUUAUGUAAAUAAUUAGCUUUUAUUAAAUAUUUAUUUUUUGCUGUGCAACACGUUAAAGAAUUCAAUUUCAAUUGUAGUUGAAUAAAUAAUAUGCAGUAGAACUGAGAUUGGCUGUGAACAGUGCCACCAAAACUAAGAAAAUAUUAAA